CCAAGCAACUGACCACAUUCCCCUCCUCGUCUUCCUCCUCUUUCCCGGUCCUCGAAACCCUAAUCCGCCGAGCAGAGCUUCGAAGCUUGCUCAGUAACUCGUUCGUCGGCUCAGCACUCGCUCUCUCGGAACCGAGUUCGUUUCCAACUCGACUCACUCGCGCGAUGACGAAACGGCGAGUCGUUGCGGUCGUGGCGUCGCUGCUUCUCUUCGGAGUCGUGGCCUUAGUGGUGCUGCUGUUCGCGCCUGGAUUUGACCGAGAUGGAUUUUUGAAGCCUGAAUCGUCUGAAGCUGCAAACUCCACACUCACUGCAAUCCACCGCAAGCUGCUUGUUCGUGCGACAGCAAUGGAGGAACCAAACAGGAUUCGGGGAGACAAGUGCAGCAAGGCGGACAUAGUGAUAAACCAGGGCCCCACACCCCCGCUGCCAAGUGGCAUCCCCACAUACACCGUCGAGAUCAUGAACAUGUGCGUCACCGGCUGCGACAUCUCCCACAUCCACCUCACCUGCGGCUGGUUCAGCUCCGCCCGCCUCGUCAACCCCAAGAUCUUCAAGCGCCUCCGCUACAACGACUGCCUCGUCAACGACGGCAAGCCCCUCGCCAACGGCGGCACGGUGUCGUUUCAGUACGCCAACACUUUCAGCUACAAGCUCUCCGUCUCCUCGGUCACGUGCUCUUAGAAAUGGUAUUAAUAAAACAAUCAAUCGCCUAAUUACAAUAGUUAACACAAAAAAAGCAGAAUUAUAUAAAGCACCCAAAGCAAGAUUAAGUACCUGGCCUGGUAUCAAAAAUGCCCAAAUUGCCCUUUCUCUGUUUUUGCUUUGUAUCUUUCUUUGGGUCGCGGAUUCGAGUGGCAAAAGUUGAGGUUUCUGAAUUCUGAAGCUGGAUAUAUGGGUAAAAAUGUCACGACAGUGUCACGGUGACGAACAGGAGGAUAAUAUUUGGGUGUAUUUUUGUGUAUAGUAAAAAUAGUAGUUAUAGGGGAUUGGAAAAGUGAAUGUUCUUUUGGUGAUGACUGGUUGUGAGUUUUGAAUGCAAAAUUGCUAGUAAAAAAAAAAUAAAUUGUAACUUGUA